UCCUUCCUCCAAACACUCGACUCAGUUCAAGGAAAUGGCUCCUCAUAGCACUGCUGGCCCGCCUUUAUAAAAUGAUAAGUACACACUGGUGACUUUGUCCUCUACAGUUUACAACCUGCUUUAGAGAGGCAAUGAAGGAAAUACUUGUACUGCUGGUUCUCCUGAGUGGCUUCACUACCAAGGUCUGCUCUCAGCCCUAUCACGCAGAUGCAGGUGGAACCUGUCUCAACUUAGAAACAGAGUAUCUGUUAGAAGGAACUGACCUGUGCUGCCAGAGAUGCCCCCCUGGACAGAAAUGGAAACAAAAAUGCUCAGAAACGAAUACAACUGUGUGUGAAGAAUGUCCAACGGGCCAGUACACGGAGAACUGGAACUACGCUCAAAACUGCGCCACCUGUCCCAAAUGCAAAAUAUCUAAAGGUCUGCAAGAGGCCCAAAGCUGCUCCUCUUCCUCAAGCUCCAGGUGUGUGUGUCAGCCUGGAAAGUAUUGCAUCAUGGGAUUUGAUGGCAAACACUGCGCAGCAUGUAACAAUUACAAGACAUGCAGAGCUGGCUGGGGAAUACAUAGUCCAGGGACAGGAAACUCCGAUGUGAGGUGUAAACGGUGCCCCAAUGGGACAUUCUCUGACACAGUUUCAUCUGUUGACCACUGUCAGCCUCACACAAACUGCUAUGGGAGGGUUGUUGUCAAAAAAGGCGAUGCGACCUCAGACACGAUGUGUGAGCCUCCUAAUGCAAACACGCAGUCACAAACCUCAACGAAAAAUCCCCCCACUGAGAUGUUGUUCUCAACUGCAACUGAAGUGAUGAGUACAUUAUUAGUGACCUCUGAAACUACACGUGGAACGCCAGACUCCACACUGUCCUUAAGCCCAUCUGCUUCAGGGGACGUAUUCAACUAUUCCACAAAACCCCCCCCAACAAGCUCAUCACCUGACAGUACACCGGACUCUAUGGUACCUGCGGUCCUCGCCGGUGUUAUUGGAUUACUUGUUUUCAUCGCUAUCAUUCUUCUGUUUCUUUGUAAGCCACGCUGGAAGAAAGUUUUUAACCCAGAUGCUGCAAUAUUUCCUCCUGGAGUGGAUGCAAAUGGCAAUUGUGAAAGUGGGGAUAAAAUCAAUAAGGGUUAUUUAAGGGAAACCCUGCCUUUAAUGACUUUAAUAUCCGACAUGGAGCCCGUCAGGCCCCAGGCCAGCGUCCCCCCACAGUCCUUCUCUCAGCCCACCAGCCCUCAGGUCAUCAGCCCUCUAACAACCAUUCCCAUUGUCAACAUCACUGUAAACAUAGGACAUGGGCCUUGUGGGACACCGAAUGGCACGCAUAUAGAGUCUCAACUCCAGUUUAGAGAGGAAGAGGAGUUGUUAAGCAUCCCGCAACAAGAAGCCGGAAAAGAAUCACUGAUGUCAGUGCAGGAGGAUGAAAGUUACACACAUGAAGAGUCACCGGCAUGAGAGAAUGAUAAAUUCUUAUUUUUCUUUCUGUCAUGUUGCAACAUUGAAAACAAUCUGAUUUAUAUUUUGCAAGUCUUUAUGAAGACAACAAAAGAAGCUUGGUUUCCAUCUCAAAGUAAUCAAUUGUCGAUAUGUUUAUAUGUAUAUACAGUAAAUACAAAUGUAAAUAUAGUCUUGACUUCAGUGGUGUAUGUGCAAUAAGUUAUACAAUAAAAAGGCAGCUGAGAAGCUGUCAGUUUUAUAUUAUGAUUGUAUUACAUUACUUCUAAUGCAUUGCUUUGUAAUAAAAUAUCAUGUUGA